AUGCUACAAUGGCUAAGGCAUUUAAUUUAGAAGGCUGUGAAAACUUGCCAUAUGAUGAAUCCCUUGCCUCUUUAAGUAUGAGGUCUUUCCAUGACCUCAAUGGGCUCCUUUGGAGUGCAAAAACAAUCCACAAAGUUAUUUUGGACAAAUAUAAAAUGCUGCAAGGAAAGCAGACUGAAUAUGAGAAUGCCCACUUAUCAGCAACUGGAAAACUCGCCACCCACGCCAAACUGCAUGCCAACUCUUUAAAGGUGUGGAAAGAGAAGCAACAGAAGGAUCUUGAUGACUGCUACAAGGUUCAACAGACACAUUUAACAAGGGAACAGAAACGGCUUAAGGACCUAGAAGAAUCACUGAAUACCUGUGUCUUUAAUAUGAAGGUAAUGAAUACUGCUAAACUGUAUAUUAAUGAGUGA